AUGUGCUCGCUGCAGGAUGACAACCACAACACUCCAGAACCACCCCCCCUCCAAGGAGGCGGGGUUAUGCCAUCAGCCAAUCAGAGCCCGCGAUCCCGGUUGUCCAACCUAUGGGGUGGCUGUGGCCGUGCAGGGGGAGGACAUGGGGUGGUCCGGGAGGGGCCGCGUCCGUGGGAGGAGUGCACGUGUCCAGAGAGGCUGGGAACCCGCGGGCGUCCAGCUGCCGAGGCGCCGGCUCGGUGUCCGAGUCCAGCUGCCCAGGGCCUCCUUGGGCAGGGCAAGGCAGGCGAUCGUCCGCCGAGAAAGACCUGUCCAUGUGUCCAGUUCCCGGCGAGGGGGCAGACACAAAUAACAACAAUAGUACCUCGCGCAGACCGGGCGGGGAGGAAAGUUUCUGGCCCGCGCCAGAGUAGAGACCGCCAAGGCAGGGAGAUGCUAAGCAAGACAGGAGGGUGGCACUGUAGGAAGAAGCAGACAACCGGAGGGCUGCACUGGCAGGACGGGGUCCCGGGUGCAGUCCCCUGGAGGCGAGCCGCGGGGUGCGCUGUCCAAGGUGCAAGGGAGGCAGUUGGUGCUUGGCAGGCGCGGAGCCCGAGCGGACACUACCGGCCCGCGGCAAAAAGAGAGGAGAACAGCUGUGUGGGGCGCCGGGCACCCCCAGCUCGUAAAAGUGCGGGAGCCUGGGGAGCUGCGGGGAAGGGCGCACGGGGGCUCCCCCACACCGCUGCCUUCCAGCCUCACCUCCAGCUCCGCUCCCCUCCCCCCUCGCCCACUCCUCUUGGUGCCCGGUCCCCGGGCCGCGGCGGGGGCGGGACCGGGAACCCCCUCCCCUCUGACUGCCAGUCCCGACGCCCUGGGGAUGAUGCGGGCCGCCGAGCCGCUUACCUGGGGCCACGGUGCGGGGAUUCAAGGCAAGCGAGCGCGGGGCGCGGCGCGGCUCCUCCUCGCCUCGGCGUCUCCUCCGGAUCGCGCUUCUGCCGGACUCCGUCCGGGGCGCAGAGCAGCCAGACGGGGCCAGACUGCAGCCGCCGCUCGCGCCGCCGCCGCUGCCGCAGACAGAGGACGCCCCGUGGCGGCUGGAAGCCUGUGUCUGUACAAGCUGGAUAACACUUCCUUAUAAGAACAUUCCAUGAAGCGACAUGAGAUGGAUUCCCUGGCAUUGCAGAAUACUGGCUCCACAGCAAGUGUGUGGCAGAACCUUGGAAGACAGACCUGAUUGAGAAGC